CUACAGGGGGAUGGGAGAGAACAGAGCCCGAAAAAAGAUAGCUGUCAUGGCGUCCGUUUAGUAAGACUUGGGAAGGAUUAUUUCCCAUUCCUAGUGGAAACCCGAUUUAGAUUUUCCCUUAAAAUUAUUUUGAAUUGGUUCCUUUUCUUCUUUCUCUCUUUUUGGUUUACAUGUGCUGUGAAUGGAUUACUCAUUUGCUCACAACUUGAGGAAAGUUUAACAUAAACCGUGUUGGCUCGCUGUGUCAUGGAAAGUUUUUACAUCGAGUCAUUAUACAAUGGCCCGGACGUCAGAAAAUGGUGAUCAAGAGGGGGACUCUGCUGGCGGAGUGCAGGAGAAAUGGCUUGGAAGAGACGGUAUCAAGCAGGAAAUCUUAAUUGAUCUGGACCAGUCUUCCUCCUCGAUUGGAGAAAAAGAUUGGUCUUUCAUUCCGGCUGUACCUGCAUCAGACAUCACUAGUGGAAAUGAAGUUGUCCAACAGGCUGUACUCUUUGGGUCAAACACAUCUGAUCCUGUCAACAAAGAAAAGAUUGAAAAGCUUUUGGAUAGUUCCACCAGCAUGGCUUCAAAGAAAAUUGUAUCCAAUCUACUCCUUGAAGUUGAAAAGUUAUCAGACACUGAGCGCCUACUACUUUACUACAAAUUGCCACUUGGAAGGUCUUCAGAUGUUGAUCCUCUACGAAUGCCGUUAAACCCUCUCGGAAGUCGACCGGAAAUCAUGCAAACGGUUGUUUGGAUUCAAACUCAUUUGGAAGAAGAUGUAGAGGUGUCACUUCCCAAACAAGAAGUCUAUGAAGAAUAUGGAGGCUACUGCACAGAGAACGUCAUCAAACCUUUAUCCACUGCCGAUUUCGGAAAAGUUAUGAAGCAAGUAUUCCCUAAUGUGAGACCGAGGAGGCUGGGGACGCGAGGCCAUUCGCGCUAUUGCUACUCCGGCUUGCGGAAGAAGGGUGAAUUGAGUCCACCCAUUCUGGCCGACCUGUUCUGCGACAGUGAAGCCGACCACCAAAGCAAUGCUCAAUCGCAGAACAACCAACGUCCGGCGACAGAAACGCCGGAUUUGUUGAAAGAACGAGCUUGUAUUUUAGUCCGCGAAUGGGCCGAAAAGCUGCUUGGCAUAAACUUUAGUGGGAUGAGUGAACUAGCCAACUUUUUAGUAGACAAAUUGUAUGUGGACCAACGGAGUAAAGCUGCGUCGCAGUGGAGCAAAUUGCGCCCUUCGCAAGGGCAGAGCGACGAUGAAAGUGAAGUUAAAGCUGAAAGUGGCUGUGAGCAAGAACAGAUGAGGGAAUUGAAAAGGAAACUGCAGGAGCAGCACAAUUUGGCCACCCGAAGGCAAUCCGUACAGAGUCGCCAUAGUAAGAAAACUCGAGUCUCCAGUUCAAAUGCCUCUCCGUUGCCUCAGGCAGCGCCAGCGGUUCCGCUUCCCGAGGAGACAGAGCCCAAAGCGUCCAAUAAAAAAGGCUGCACCCGCAGCAAAAGAAAGCAAAGAGGCGAGGAUAAUAAAAGAAAUGCUUCUAUAGACUCGACGGAAAUGGAGGGAACGGCUUCUGCUUCGACUGCUAACCCAUCAGCGGCCUCCACAUCCACCGCUGCGCCCAACCAACCUGCAAGCAAAGUGGCUAUCCCACGCCUGGCCAGCAAUCGCAGUCCUCGUCCCUCAUCGGGCAUUCUGCUCCUACCCAGCCACUCCCAGUCGCCCAGCCCAACCAUUAGCAAGCCAAAGUUUGUUGCGAUUCAGCCCAAACCGCAUUUCGCCAGCGAUAACGGACUGGCCGCCCCAUCUCUGCCCCAACUGAAGGAGGAAGAGGCCAACCGACGAGCUGGGCCCGAGCAGCUCGAAGGCCCGUGGGUUGAAGCACUCACGCACAGUCACGAUGAUGAGUUAGCACAUUAUUGGUCUCAGCCUGGAGAGGCGAUUACCGAUAGCCUCAGCCCCAAGGUGCAGAACAAUGAGCUUUCACAAUUGCGUGUUCUACUCGAGCAAAAUGAGGCAGCUAAGAAGAAGCUAGCAACAACAGCUGGAUUGUUGGAGCGUCGCAAUGUUCGGUUCGAAACGCCGUCGUCCCUUACCGAUCAUCCCAACGGGUUGGGCAACGGCGGGGCGGUCCCACCCAGUCCCAACACUCGUCGAAUGGCUUUCAAUUUCACGCCGAUCUCUCCUCGAUUGACGCCCGACGUUCCACCCUCGCCUGGAUCUUCAGGACAACCUGUGCAGCUCCGCCAACUGUUGUCGACCCACGGCGGUGGUGUCACGAGCCCGUUUGUUUCACCGGGUCAGACGCCCGUCCCGUCGAGUUUGCCACCCUCCCAGCCCCAUUCGAGACACAAUUCAGGACACAUUAUGAUGAACAUGGACACCCCGACUUCAUUCGUCACAGAGGCCAGCAGCGUCAGCAAUGACUCGGCCUUUGUUUCGCCGCUCAAUACACCAUUAUCGGUUAACAGAUCGCGCCACAAUUCAGCCUCCAAUCUGCUGGUCAAUCGAGCUCGCCACUCAUCUGGAGCCUCGAUUACUGUCCGUCACAUGCCAUAUGCAACGCCUUCUUUGAUGAAUCACGGUCAAGACGGACUGUUUAAUGCUUCUGUGCGUUCGCGUCACAGUUCCGGAGGAUCGCCCUCGCUGCCUCGCUCUGCGCCGCUCUCGCCACUUGUUCAGUCUUUCCCGCAACAGGGGGAUUCAAGCGGCAGCGAACGCUUUCGCCAAGACUUGCGUCGCCGCCACGUUUCCGCCGGUGUUGUGCUGGGAUUGAAUCCUCAUCAGGUGGCAGCUGCUGGCCGAGUCCAGACCACGCUCAACAAUGCUGUGCCACAUUUAUGGGGUAGCGACCCACUUGCCCAAGAAAUCGAGGGUCUUCUAGAUUCUGCUCCAAGCAUGGUCAAUGACUCUGUGAUGAGUCGCUCUCAGUCAGUUCCGCUUCACCGGAUGCUCCAGCAAUUCCAGUCUCAAGGUAUCACGAGAUGUGAAAUUGAUCGCAGCUCAACUGUAAAUCAAAUGUCGUACGGUCGUAUGGUAGUUGGACAAGGCUAUGCGACCGCCUCGCAGCCCAGUACGCCUUUCGGAUGCGGCGGCAGGAAUUUCUCGUACAACGCGUCCGCCACCAGCAGCCCCUACAGUUACACCGCCACUCCCGUGCCAGCCGAAUGGAAUGAUUUCAAUUCAAACACAAAUAACGGCGAUUCAGGGACGGAAGGAUUCGCUCAACUAGAUUCGGCCCAACAGGAUUUGGAAAACUUCCACGAAAUCAUCAGCGAAGUCUACGCUAACAAUCACCAAGAACUGGCUCCCUGCCUAGAUGGUCUGGGUGCGGAAGCCUUGCAAGAAGCCUCUUCCGCCACGUUUUCCCAAAUGAAUUUUCAAGGAUCCGGCGCGACUAAUAUGGAUUCGGAUCCUUCGCUGAGCUGCUCGGACACUGGCGACGGCUACCCACUGUCUGAUUUGAGCGAUUCCGUGACACUACCAGGUUUGAUGGGUCCCGAUGACUUGGCAGCCACUCUGGUAGCCUUGAAAGAAGCGCCCGAGUUGAACCGACUGGUCCAGGAUGUGGUUGAAGGACAACAGUCUGUCGCCGUUCCCCAAGGAAUGUAAAACACCCGACACAGAAAAAAAGAUCCCCCUAGUCCAGUCAGCCGCUCUCUCUCUCCACCGGGUCUACUCUAAUUGUUUGUGUCUCUAAAGCGUUCCCUCCACCAUGGUGUAUCGGGAUAAGAGCAGAGGGUGGGAGAGAGGGGGGAGGGGCAAUGUUACACGAUUUAAAAAAAGGGAAGGAAAAAUCACACAGUACAAAGCUAUAUCUAAAGCGAAUAGCGUUUCGAAGAGUGCAUUAUUGCAUGUUGUACAUAAUAUUUCGAAUCAAUUUAGGCUCGCAUCAUUUUACCCUCCCGCUCCCUUAACUUUUUUUUUUCCUUCAUAAUCCUUGGCCUUUUACUUCACAACAAUAGAAUGUCUCGAAGACGCCGACACGCACAGUCUUGCUUUUCGUUUUUUUUUCUUCUUUGCGCGCGACAUUCAAUUUUUUGUGACGGCCUCAGCCAAUCCGAGGAUUCGUUUUCUCGAGGUGUGAAGAGAAAAAAAAAACAAUUGAAAACAAAUUUUUCUUUUUUUUUUUAAUUAUUUUAAAUAUUUUGUCCUUUUUGAACUUUGGGGUGGAUUGAACGAAAUUGAGGACGGAUAUUUCUUCCCUUUGUGUGCGAUACUGAUUCGUUAGAGCUUUUUGACGGAUUGGACGUUGUAAAGAUUCCGCCGAGGAUUCUAGACAAAGAUUUUGUGCGGGGGGGGGGUCACGUUUUGAAGAUAAGAAUUACAUAUUCUGAGCUUUCUUUUCUUUUUGUUUCGAUUGAUAUUCUUUUUCUCUUUGCUCGUUGUAUACCAGUGUGCCUUUUUGUUGGGCAGGGCGGCAGAUAUGUUUUGACGUGAAAGGCAAACAGAAAAUUAUUUGGUUAUCUAAUAAUUUGGAGCAGAAAACAAAACGAAAAAUUUCAAAACGAUUAAAAAUUUAUUUCUUGACGAGAAGACACCUGGGAUUGGUUUUUUGAUGCGAGGGAUUUUUUUUUUCUUUCGAUUACCUUUUUUUUCUCUUGCACUCGUUUAAACAUAAUUUUUUGUCUCUUCCAUUGUGAGGAUAGAUCCAAUUUGAUUUCUCUUGUUUUCCCUUCGAUUGAGUUUAGAAAUUUGUCCUGAUACAGAAAGCUGGAAGGAACCUACAAACAGGAAACGCCAAACGAAAAGGUGUGUCACGAUCUCUCCUGGCUAGAAAAAACAAGAAAACAUAAAAUAUUUUUUUCUCCUCUUGAUGAUUCUCCGUCAAACGCGGAAAACAAAACUAAAAUUGAAACUUGUACCUUGUAAAAAGGAACAACCAAAAAAAGAAAAAAACUAUUGAAAUUUGUUAGAACAGAUAUAGAACUUAUUACGUGCGCGGACAGGAGGUCGUUUAUCUAUAUAGGCUUUGUAUACCUCUUACUUUCUCGCGGAUCGUGCUGUCGUUAAAAAAAAGCAGAAAUUUUUUUGGCCAGAAAUUGAAUCGGGGAGUACGGACCAUUUUUCAGUUUCUUAAUUCAAAUGCGAAAUUUUUCAUUUUUGUUUCAACUCCUUUUUCCCCCCCUUUGUUAGGCAAAUGGUGCAUUGCGAAUAUGUUAUGAAUAGAUUUGAAAUUUUCAUUCAUUCUAAAAAUGGAAAAUGAUGGAUGUGUGCAAAAAAAUGUUAUCAUGUUGUCAUAUAGGAAAUGUAUGCGCGCUUCACAUCGAACCGACUCUUUUUUUUUUCAUUUUCUUUCUCCCUUGAUCAUAUUGUCUCAUCCUUUCCAAACUAGACGACACACACAAAUAUCAAUUCUUUGUACUCUGGUGGUUUCUUUUUGGCCUCGAUCAUCUGCGUCUGUCGCUCCUCUUUUCUUCCUUAUUGAUUCCUCUUGCUGAUCCACCUUUCGUUCCCAUUAACUAUUGUUUACCUUUCCCCCACCGCAUUCGAUGGAAUGACGCGGCCUCGAUGAAGACGCCACGUCGUGCAGCUUUUGAUUUGUAGCUACGAUUAUUCGGAUUACAUUGAGAAACCACCUUUACCCACCACCAUCUCCCCGAACAGUUUUUCUUUCUUAUUUUUUUCUUCCUUCCUUCGUAAUUUUUUUUUUUUUUUUUUACUGUUACAAAAAAACCCUAAAAAUAACGAGACAUAUACACGCGAGAAACACAAAAACAUGUUGAUUGGAUCGUCGGCUUUGAAUAUAAAGUUUAUCCUGA